AUGAGAUCGUUUCUAAUAACUCUAUGUACCUACUUCAUCUACAUCUCUGCUCAAAAGUUGAUUGCAAAGUUCGAGGUGACUUCAGUGGAUUCCAGAUCAGUGGUAGUGAGGAUCGUAGGGGCUGGAAAUGUCUCCAGAUUUGAUAUGAAUGUGCAUAUCUUCGAUUUGGAUAGAUUAAAAGAAUUCAGAAGAAGUGAGCUGAGUUCUAUGCGAUACGAGGAUCAAGUAAGUUGUGCUCCUUCUUUUACUCUCUUGCUCCUCGGUCUGCUCUAACUAUUUCCAUUUAAUCAUCGUCCAAUAAUAUUUAUAGUCCCAUUUCUGUUUAUGCCCUCCGGGUUUGUAUUACCUUUUCACGGAAAUCGGAGAUCCCCUUAGGGCUUCGGGAAAAGUCUUUUGGACCUAAAAGACAAAAGAAUGCACCGGAAUUAUGGUCCCAUUCUUUCCGGCCUAACUCCUUAAUGACCGGAGGCCAAAGGAAGAAGAGGUCAUUCAAAUAUUUUUCCGCCAUGCACAAAUUUGACGCACUCCAAGAAACAAAAACGAAGAUUAUCCAUCGAUUGACCUUUGCAUGAGACGUUGCAUAACAAUGGCAACGACGUUAAGAGGGCGUUGAAGAGGCGUUAAGAGGAAGAACAAGAUCCCUGAGAUCUUUUCUUUCAUCGCAAUCCUUACAAUGCAUCUUCAAACAGUAGCUUUCGACCUUUGUUCGAGUGUGACCCUUUAGAUAGGUUAUGUAAAUUUGCGGCCUCCGCUUUUGUAAUUUUAGUUCAAAUUACUGUACUUUAUUAAUGUUUUUCAUUAGAUGUCCCGGAAGGAGUUGAUUAGACAAAAAGGUUUUCCCCAUUCAGGCCAAGUUAUGGCCAAGAAAGAGCCGAAUAAUGGGGCCGCCCAAAUUAACUAUGAGUUUGUGUUUUGCGCGCUCUACUUUCGGAAUUUGAUUUGGACCUCGGAGAAAUGGCCGAAUGAGUUUGGCCACAUUCGGCCAUUAAUAUCUGGGCAUUGCGAAGGGUAAUGGUCCGAGUUUUGGAGACAGGUGAAUUACGGGGAAUCUAAUUAGAACCCAAACCAAAAUUUGGACUUCGAAAGUUUCGGCAAACAAAAAAGGAAUUCCCAAAUUAAAAGCAAAUAAAAAUAAUUUGAAGUCACGGAAAUGGAAUACAUAUUCAUGACCUGAAAGAACAAUGAGAACAAGGUGACAUUACAGGACACCCGAAGAAUGUAAUCACAAAUGCAUUAAAGAAAAAAAAUGUUUCGUUCAACCUAAAACAAUAUAGAUUUUAAGGUCAUAGGGAUUAUUUUUGAUAUUCUGAUCUGCCUUAUCCAGCCUUAACUUGACUCAUUCUGAACAUAUACUUUAUGUAUUGCAUAAUCUUCAUUCUUUUUCUAGCUAUUUUCCUUCGACGGAUUGACAGCCGGAACCUGGUUUGCCAUUCGAAUCCAUUACCGAUUAGUCUACCGAACAGACGAGGGCUUCGAAGACUUCUCGACUAAACAGGUUGGUACUUGAAGGAGCCAAUUAUAAGAUGGGAAACAUUUGGAAUUAAUCCACUUAACGCGGGGGUACCCUGUACAUAAAAGAAAUGGGAUUUGGAGAUGGGAAACGGGACCAAACCCACAUUUCAGAUUAGGCUUGGGAUAUUAAAAUAGAGAGAAUUGUUCUGAGAAUAAAACAAAAUUAUCAUAAUGCUUUAAUCACAUCGAGUUUAUAUUAUUUUAGGAGUUGAUCGUCCGGACCAAAGAUGAAUCAGAACGGAACCGCUCAGACCCUCCGGCAAAUCUUCAGAAAGGACUUUUGGUUCGACCUCGGCCAGAUGAGUUCGUCCAACUUGAAGGAAUCGUAUCUGAUCCAUUCCAUAUCAACGUAUCUUUACUGCUGACAUUCCCGUUGAGAUCUAAGGUGAGGUUUAAUUAUUUCCGAUGACAAAUUACAUAACAAAAAUUUAAACAUUUUUAAUGCCAUCAUUACAUAAAAAUGAUCUAAGUUUUUGCUUAUACUUGAACUGUAUGUUAGAAUUUUUAUUGCAAUCUUUGGAAGGGUUUUAACGGAUCCACAAGUGAACCGUUCAGAGAUGAGAGCAACCCGAUCCCUCUUUUAGGGAGCUCUUCAUGUGCCGCGUUCUCGAUUGUCCUCUUCGCUUUGACUAAUGACAUUUGGCCCCGCUUUUGUGGCCAUUUCUUCAAGAAAAAAACAUAAAAGGAAACAAAUUCUGGAAGAUCGGGGUGCGAGAUUACAAUAAAAAUGGGGAUCUUAUCACGUAAAAUGGCAGAAAUCAGUUUUGGAUUCAAGGAAUGAUCACAGCUGACAUCAAAAACACAGAUUUCAUUUGUGACAAUUUAGGAAAUUGGAUGAGAUAGUUAAACUAGCCAAAAAAUUAUCUGUACCUCCUUUAUCAGCAGCACGAAUUGCACAAAACUCAAAGAGUUUGUGAUUAUAAAUUUGAUUAGAGAUUUCCUUUUAUUAAUAGAUAAGUUUCCUUAAUUCAAAACUAAAUCCAAUGUUCCAGGUGAACACAGUGAUUGUCCCAGAGUUGAAAUGUGAGUUAGGCACAGUCAAGCCGCCCGCCCAACAGCUUCAUUCCAACUCCGUGAAGGUCUACUUUGAUCUGCAUCGUCUUCUUUCGCUUCAACGGACUCAAACCCAGACCCCCAACUGUUACCAAUUAUGCAUUUAUCCGUUUGUUCGGGCUUCCAUUGAUGAUAAGAUGGAGACAUUCCGGGCCAGAGAAUGGUGUGGGUCCUUGGAAGAGGCCUACGAAUUGAUAGGGAUGCCCGCAAGUCCAGGCGCGGGUCCCUCAGCCAGCCAUUUAUUUAUUGGUCUUCUUUACUUGUUAUUCAGGGUGUUUUGA